CUGGUCAAAGGCCCACAAAAUCGUUGAUUUUCCCGCCAAAUCCCAAAACUACUAAUAUUGAAGUGAACCUAGGUUAGGGUUUUCGGAAUCAGAAGAAAAAUCAAGCAAAUAUGGAAGCAUACGGCGGUUACUUGGUGGAUAAGGAAGCCGUUACGCUUGUUGAGAACAAAUUCUUAGAUUUUCUCAAAAGCUUCAGGUUCAGGCAACAGAAUGAGCUGUAUUAUAAAGAAGAGGUAGAAGUGAUGAUAAGCAAUGAGUCAAAUACCAUGUUCAUUGAUUUCGAACAUGUCAUGAAACACAAUGAUGUUUCACAGAAAGCAAUCUCAGAUGAAUAUUUGAGGUUUGAACCUUAUUUGCAAAAUGCUUGUAAGAGGUUUGUCAUGGAUUUGAAGAAAACCAACAAAUUAUAUGAGGAUAGCCCUAACAAGGACAUUAACAUUGCCUUCCACAACAUUCCAAUGGUGAAACGGUUAAGGGAAUUGACUACAUCAGAGAUUGGAAGGCUUGUAUCUGUGACAGGAGUUGUAACAAGGACAAGUGAGGUUCGACCGGAGCUUCUCCAUGGAACCUUCAAAUGCCUAGAAUGUGGUGGGAUGAUAAAGAAUGUAGAACAACAGUUCAAGUAUACUGAGCCAAAGACCUGUCCGAGUGCAACCUGCAACAAUCGAACAAAUUGGGCACUGUUGCGUGAAGAGAGCAAAUUUACUGACUGGCAAAAGGUCAGAAUGCAGGAGACAUCCAAAGAGAUACCUGCAGGCUCAUUGCCAAGGUCAUUGGAUGUUAUUCUUCGUCAUGAGAUUGUCGAACAUGCCAGGGCUGGUGACACGGCGAUUUUUACGGGUACUGUAGUUGUUAUACCUGAUAUAUUGGCAUUGGCGUGCCCUGGACAGAGGGCAGAAUACCACCGGGAAGCUUCUCAACGCAAGGGUUCCACAUCUGGUAAUGAAGGUGUGAGGGGCCUUAAGGCUUUGGGAGUCAGAGAUCUCUCCUAUCACCUAGCUUUUAUUGCAAACUCUGUUCAGAUUUGUGAUGGUAGAAGAGAAACAGAUAUCAGGAAUAGGAACAAUGAUUCAGAUGAAGAUGAUCAUCAAUUUACUGAACAGGAACUGGAUGAAGUUGAACGGAUGAGGAACACUCCCAAUUUCUUCCAUAAACUUGUUGACAGCGUUGCACCAACGAUUUUUGGUCAUCGAGAAAUAAAGCGAGCAAUCCUUCUUAUGCUUGUGGGUGGUGUCCACAAACUUAUUCAUGAAGGCAUCAACCUCGGAGGGGACAUCAAUGUCUGUAUUGUAGGAGAUCCCAGCUGUGCAAAAUCUCAGUUUCUCAAGUAUACUUCAAGCAUCGUUCCAAGAUCUGUGUAUACAUCUGGGAAAUCAUCAUCUGCUGCUGGCUUGACUGCAACUGUUGCUAAGGAACCAGAAACUGGGGAAUUUUGUAUCGAGGCUGGAGCUUUGAUGCUUGCUGACAAUGGCAUUUCCUGCAUCGAUGAAUUUGAUAAGAUGGACACCAAAGAUCAGGUUGCAAUUCAUGAAGCUAUGGAGCAGCAGACUAUCAGUAUCACAAAAGCAGGAAUACAAGCAACACUUAAUGCCCGUACUUCCAUUCUUGCCGCUGCCAAUCCUUCUGGGGGAAGAUAUGAUAAGUCUAAAUCACUGAAGUACAAUGUGGCUCUUCCACCAGCUAUACUUUCUAGGUUUGAUCUUGUAUAUGUUAUGGUUGAUGACCCGGAUGAAACAAUAGAUGCCAACAUAGCUCAACAUAUCGUGAAAGUUCAUCAAAAGCGCAAUGAUGCUUUUGAUCCCGCAUUCACCACAGCAGAACUAAAGCGUUACAUUGCCUAUGCAAAAACUCUCAACCCAACGCUCACAUCAGCUGCCAGAAAUCGACUUGCAAACUCUUAUGUUUCUCUCCGUAGGAGUGAUGCAUAUCGUAUGACCGUUAGGCAGUUGGAGGCAUUAAUCAGGCUGUCGGAAGCCACUGCACGGAUAUAUUUGGAAAGUCAGGUACAACUUCAUCAUGUUCAUUUAGCUGAGCAAAUGCUUAAAACAUCAAUAAUAAGAGUGGAGUCUAGUGAGAUUGAUCGGUCCGAGUUUCAAGAACCAAACAUGGAGGACGACACAGAAAGUCCAGCAGAUGAUGGAUCUUACCCCCAAGGGAAGAAAAUUACUAUAAGCUAUGAAAAAUUUCAGAAGAUUACUAGGGCCCUUGUAGUGCACCUUAGACAGCACGAAGAGAACGUGGAGCGCCUUAGACAGAACGAAGAGACUGAGGUGCAAGAAGGAACUGGUUUGUCCGGAAUGAAGCAACGAGAUUUGAUUAAGUGGUACGUAGAACUGCAAAAUGAGAAAAAUAAAUACAGGUCUGCGGAGGAUGCAGCGCAAGAAGUUAGCGAAAUUAAAACAAUUAUAGAGAUCUUAGUUCAAAGAGAGGGACAUUUGAUAGUGGUAGAUGAUGGUAGGCAAACAGAAGCACAAGCUGCAGGUGGAGAGCACUCCGCAUCGGUGUCCAUAAAUGAUCGAAUUUUGGCUGUCGCUCCUAAUUACUCCCUCUAAUUUCGAAUAUAAGCAACAAAAAAUAUCUUUCAAUUAACUUUAUUAUACUUAAUAAUUACUCCCUCUUAUAUUCUUUAUUAAACAAAGAAAGAUAUUCUAGAUAUUACAAUUAUUCUUUUGGUUAAACAAAGAAAAUUAAAUUACUUUUUUAUUGCUUAUAUUUGAAAUGGGAGGGAGUAUGUCAUUCAUAGACAGGCUAGUAAUGACAAAAGAAAUUGGAAAUGACUCAUUUGGCAGUCACAAUAUUCCAGUGACUUAAUGGUUCACAUUGUGAUGACUUGUAUAUUUCAUCCAUUGCAUUUUUGGUUCUCAUCAUCAUCUCUUUACUGCUGAAGUUUGACAAAUAUUCAAAAUAUAGUAUUUAAAAUGGUCCUCUAUACUUUUUUAGAACAAAAGUGAGGCUCAUUUCAGAGUUGUAUCAUCAUGAGUGCU